CAACAAAAUUAAACUUCGCGUUCAGUGCUGACAAUUGAUGGUAAAACAUGAUCUCAGAGUGAAGUUAAAAAGAACAGAAUACAUUUUAAGAGCUAUUAAUAUGAAGUGGAUAAUAAUUUCAUGUAUUUUGUGUGUAUUUGGUUGUUUCAAAGAGUUUAGACCCUCAGAAUCUUUUGUCACUGAUUAUUUAACUGGCCCAUGGAAAAAUUUUACAGAUGUUCAAGUUAAUCAAGAUAUUUUUCCUAUUUCUACAUACUCCUACUUUGCAACUUUGAUUGUUGUAUUUUUGAUAACAGACUUUGUACGAUACAAGCCUAUUAUUAUAUUAUGUGGUCUUUCUGGUACCAUUACAUUUCUUCUAAUUAUAUUUGGAAAGGAUGUCCUGACCCUGCAAAUUGUGGAAUUUUUUUAUGGCCUGUUUUUAUCCACAGAAGUAGCAUACUACACAUACAUUUAUGCUACAGUUGAUAAAAAACAUUAUCAAGAAGUAACUAGUCAUACAAAAGUAGCGUCUCUGUUAGGCCGUUGUUUGGCUGGCAUUGUCGCACAAUUAACAACUUCUCUUGAUCUAUUAAAUUAUCAUCAAUUAAAUUAUCUUACAUUGUCAGCUAUUGCAUUUGCAACAAUUUGGGCAUUCUUUUUACCUUCUGUUGGUCAGUCCAUUUAUUUUCAUAGAAAAAGCAAUGAUCGUGAUUCAGAAAGCAGUUAUGGAACUAUAGCAUCGCAACAGCGGACUGUAAUUGCUGUAAAUGAAAUACCACAUAUAUUUGAACAUCAUGUUGAGUAUGCUUCUUCCAAUACAAAGGUUUCAAUAUUGCAUAAAGUAAAACAAGCUUAUGUUCUACUAUGGAAAGAUUUUUUAGAAGCAUACUCGAAUUGGCAUGUAUUGAAGUGGUCAAUAUGGUUGUCUUUUUCAACUUGUGGGUAUUUGCAAAUUAUUAGUUAUAUACAGUUACUUUGGCAGACUGCUGUAUUACCUCAAGCUGAGAUCUAUAACGGAGCUGUAGAUUCUCUUUAUACAAUUAUAGGUACAAUUACUGUAUUUUGUGUUGGAAAAGCACCAUUUAAUUGGUCCUUAAUAGGAGAUAUAGUAGUAUCGAUUAUGUCAUUUAUGAAAGGCAUUUUGUUAGUGAUCUCCUCGUACAGUUGCAACAUUUGGCUGUUAUACGCUGUUUACAUAGUAUUUGGAAUUAUUUAUCACACAAUGUUUACCGUUGCAAGUUUUGAAAUUGCAAAGUAUAUAUCCGAGGACAGUUAUGGUUUAAUAUUUGGUGUAAAUACUUUUUUCGCACUGUUAUUACAAAGUAUAUUAACAGUUAUUGUAGUGAAUGGAAACUUAGGAAUAGAUCUCCGAUCUCAGUACCUUAUCUAUGGUGGUUAUUUUAUUGUGAUAGCAAUCCUGUACAUAAUAAUAGGUAUUUUUAAUAUUGUACGUCAUUUCAAGAGAGGUAAAGCAUUCAAUAUAUGGGCAAAGAGUGAGAGUGUUACAACAGGUGUGCAAUCUGAAGACGAAGAGAAGUCCUCGAAGUCACCAAGUCCUAGUUGAGACUGUAGUAACUACUUCUCUAUAAA